AUGAAGUUCUCAAGGUCCCUUGUGGUUGUUACUUUGCUGCACUUCUGCGCGGCAGAAAAUGCAGGAUGGAAUGCGAAAGAAAAGCGAGGUGGAAACAUACGUGUGUUGAAUCAGUCUGUUGUCGUGGCGGGUAUCUCGAAUCCUGAUAGAGAUCCUGCUGAAACAUAUUCGCCUGUGAUGCAGCCAACACCCACUACUCCUUCUGAUAGUGACAUUGACGCACCCAGUGCUCCUGUAUCGCAACCAUCGACAAACGGCGGCGACCCUUCGGGUCCAACAAACUCACAACCAACGUCGGGAGGCCCACCAUCAGAUGACAGUCCCGUUUCUCAGCCAAACCCAAGUAUUCCCACUGCUCCAACUGGUGGAAGCGACGGCUCUCCCAACGUCCCGAAUACCCCGACUGGUGAUGAUGGUGGUGAUGGUGAUGGUGAUGGUGAUGGGAAUACAAUCAUGCCGGUCCCUCAGCCCACAACAAACGGUUCCCCAAGUGUUCCAAGCGCUCCAGUAUCGCAGCCAACAGAUGUGGAUUCUCCAACUGAUGGUGGUGGUUCCUCUCCCAUUGGAAAUGGUGGUAAUGACCCAUCAGAUGGACCAGUCACACCACCUACACCCAGUGCCCCGAGUGUUCCAAACGCUCCAGUAACGCAGCCAACAGUGGCACCACCUACACCAUUGGGAGGCGGCUUCCUUCCCACCAACGGCGGUUCUCCUAGUGUUCCAAGCGUGCCAAGCACUCCGGUAACGCAGCCAUCAAUAUCACCACCUACUCCAUUGGGAGGCGGCUUCCUUCCCACCAACGGCGGUUCUCCCAGUGUACCAAAUGUUCCAGGCACUCCAGUCACGCAGCCAACAAUGUCACCACCUACACCAUUGGGAGGGGGAUUCCUUCCCACAAACGGCGGUUCUCCUAGUGCUCCAAGUGUGCCAGGCACUCCAGUAACACAGCCAACAAUGUCACCACCUACACCAUUGGGAGGCGGGUUCCUUCCCACAAACGGCGGUUCUCCUAGUGUUCCAAGUGUGCCAGGCACUCCAGUAACACAGCCAACAAUGUCACCACCUACACCAUUGGGAGGGGGAUUCCUUCCCACAAACGGCGGUUCUCCUAGUGCUCCAAGUGUGCCAGGCACUCCAGUAACGCCACCUACACCAUUGGGAGGGGGAUUCCUUCCCACCAACGGCGGUUCCCCAAGUGUUCCAGGUGCUCCAGUGAGACCACCAACAGCACUUGGAGGCGGCUUCCUUCCCACUAAUCCCACUAGUGGUGGUUCUCCAAGUGCUCCAAGUUCUCCAAGCGUUCCAGGUGCUCCAGUGGAACCACCAAAUGGUGGUUCUCCAAGUGUUCCAAGUUCUCCAAGCGUUCCAGGUGCUCCAGUGAGACCACCUACAGCACUUGGAGGCGGCUUCCUUCCCACCAGUCCCACUAGCGGUGGUUCUCCAAGUGUUCCAAGUGCUCCAAGCGUUCCAGGUGCUCCAGUGAGACCACCUACAGCACUUGGAGGCGGCUUCCUUCCCACCAAUCCCACUAACGGUGGUUCUCCAAGUGUUCCAAGUGCUCCAAGCGUUCCAGGUGCUCCAGUGAGACCACCUACAGCACUUGGAGGCGGCUUCCUUCCAACUACUGGUGGUUCCCCAAACGUUCCAGGUGCCCCAGUAAGGCCACCAACAUCACUGGGAGGUGGCUUCCUUCCCACUACCGGCGGUGCCCCAAGCGUUCCAGGUGCUCCAGUGAGACAACCUACAGCACUUGGUGGCGGCUUCCUUCGCACUACUGGCGGUACCCGGCUGUUGCAGGAUAGAGGUAUUGGCGUCAAUUUGGAAGGAAUCGAAUAUGAUGCUGGCAAUGGGGACCGUUCAAUUGAUCUGUUGGAUAUCCCAAGCGGGUCACAAAGGGCUCUUGGCUGCACCCCGUCUCUCUUGGCAUCUGUAGUACUAGGAGUAUGCGUUCUUCUGCUUUGA